UACAUUAUAAACGCAAAUCUAAAAUGUUGAGCAUAGAAACAAACUUGGGAUAUUCAAUGAAUUUAUCUGGUGCAUACGAGUCAAACGGUACACACUUCGUUUCACGACCUGAAGUCAUUAGAAAACCAGUAGCGAGUUAUCCCGAGUGUUCACAGUCAGCUCACGUUCUGAAGAAACAGCGAAGAGAAAGAACUACUUUUACACGUGCGCAACUUGAUUUGUUAGAAGCUUGUUUCGAAAGGACGAGGUACCCGGAUGUAUACAUGCGCGAAGAAUUGGCGCUGAAACUCAAUCUUGCAGGAUUCAAAGUGCAGGUCUGGUUCAAAAACAGACGCGCCAAGUAUAGGCAACAGCAAAAAGAUAGUAACAACAAUAACAAUAAAAAACAAUCACCAACAUAUAAGAGGGAGGAAAGUUCAAGAUCACCGUCUCCAAAAUCUCCAGAAAUAACUUACAAUGAACCAACGCCAAUUUCCAGCACAACCAUGCAAGGAUACCCUUACGAGCCGACAUCAAUCUGGAAUCCGGCUUCAAUUUCGUCAACAAGCCAACCUCUGUAUCAGAACAGUAGUUUACAGUCCAUCGGAAGUUACACGACGACAAACUUGUACACCGGAUAUCCUCAACAAAAUUACAGACCUGGCGCAUUGAGAAUUACAGACCUGGCGCAUGAGAAUGACAUUUCACAAGAACAUGUCCGCACAAAUGACCGCAUUGAAUAUGAAGAAAUCUCAUACCGGAACCAGUAUGCGUCUGUACCGUCAACCGAGGUUAUUUCUCAGGAAUCUGUAACAGGAAAUGACGACAUAGAAUAUAGAGACAGCUCAUCUUUCCAAGUUUUAAACAGUGAUAUGAUGAGACUAGUUUAUGGUCAAAAUCAACCAGUAAACAGGGACGAUAACUCGGAAGUGUCACAUCAACGACAUGGUAGUCACGUGGUUAAUUCUCACGAAUCUGCCUUCUACCGAUUGGAUUACGGCAAACCGACUUCGGGAUAUUCAAUGAAUUCAUCUGGUGCAUGCGUUUCACGACCUGGAGUCAUUAGAAAACCAGUAGCGAGUUAUCCCGAGUCUUCACAGUCAGUUUACGCUCCGAAGAAACAGCGAAGAGAAAGAACUACUUUUACACGCGCGCAACUUGAUUUAUUAGAAUCUUGUUUCGAGAGGACGAGGUACCCGGAUGUAUACAUGCGCGAAGAAUUGGCGCUGAAACUCAAUCUUGCAGAAUUCAAAGUGCAGGUCUGGUUCAAAAACAGACGCGCCAAGUAUAGGCAACAACAAAAAGAUAGUAACAACAAUAACAAUAAAAAACAAUCACCAACAUCGAAGCGGGAGGAACGUUCAAGAUCACCGUCUCUAAAAUCUCCAGAAAUAACUUACAAUGAACCAACGACAGUUACAAACACAACGAUGCAAGGAUAUCCUUACGAGCCGACAUCAAUUUGGAACCCGGCUUCAAUUUCGUCAACAAACCAACCUCUGUACCAGAACAGUAGUGUACAGUCUACCGGAAGUUACCCCGCGACCAGUUUGUAUCCCGGAUAUCCUCAACAAAAUUACGGACCAGGCGCAUUUUACGGAAACUCAGAUUAUUUGUUACAGAUCUUAAUGAACUAUCCUUCGAGUCAUCCAAGUCAUUUUGAUGGGACACCGAACUAUUCUAACCAGUAUGCAUCUCUACCAUCUGAGAAUGAUGUUUCACAAGAACAUGUCCGCAGAAAUGACCGAAUUGAAUAUGAAGAAAUCUCAUACCGGAACCAGUAUGGGUCUGUACAGUCAUCCGAGAUGAUUUCUCAGGAAUCUAUAACAAAUGACGACAUUGAAUAUAGAGAUAGCUCAUCUUUUCAGGUUUUGUGAGUUUAAAAGAAAAUUGACUGAUGUUACGGUUGACAAUUAAU